UACUUUGUGCUCAACACGAAUACUAACCAACAUGCUCAAAUACGUUACAGUCCUUUGUGUGGUAGCGGCGUUGUGCGCGGGCGCUCCGCAGCAAAACCCUCAGGACGUACAGAUCCUGCGUUUCGACAGCGACGUGCAACCUGACGGAUACAGUUUUGCCUAUGAAACUAGUGAUGGUACAUCCAGACAGGAGGAGGGUAAACUCGACAACCCUCAAUCCGAAGAUGCCGCUCUGACGGUCAAUGGUCAGUACUCGUAUGUUGCUCCUGACGGUAAACAUUACACUGUCACCUUUACCGCAGGACCCAACGGUUUCCAGCCUAAGACCUCUCUUGGCCAGAAGAAGUAAACAAGAACCUUUUUCACCAAUCUUGUAAAUACUCCAUGUGGUAUCUAACAAAUCUUAUUUAUCGGUAGACGUUUUCGAUCUCAGUGUUUGUGAGUAGAAUUAUUUGUAAGUUAGUGUCUCUGUUUCAUUCUAGAACAUUUUAUAAUAUUGUGAUAGAAUGAGAAAAAAUAGAGUGAUAAAAUGUAAAUAACAAAUAAUUUUACUUGUAACAGUGCAACGCAUACGGAAUGGAAGAUCGCUGUCUCUAAAUUCUUGUGUCAUAUGAUUUUUUUACACUUUUACAUUUUUGUACUAGGAAGCACGUGAUGUUUAUACACAAUAGAAAUAUUUUUUUUAA